UCUUCCCUAUUGUGCCAGAGUAGUGUUACAGCUGUGUGACACUUUCCCUAAAACUUACAACACACAAAGCUUCAAAGCAGACAGAGAAAUGGGGAAUUAUAAAUCAAGACCUACUCAGACAUGUACAGAUGAGUGGAAAAAGAAAGUGAGUGAGUCGUAUGCAGUCAUAAUAGAGAGAGUGGAGGAGGACCUGAGAAUUAAAGAGGAGGAGUUUAAGGAACUCAAGCAUGUUUUCAGCUCAGAUGAGGCAUUCAAUAAAGUGAACCUGAAUUAUCGUACAGAGGGUGGACUGUCCCUGCUGCAUCUCUGCUGUAUAUGUGGAGGGAAUAAAGCUCACAUCAGGACCCUCAUGUUGAAAGGUCUGCGGCCAUCCAGACUCACUCGGAAUGGAUUCACUGCUCUGCACUUUGCUGCAUACAAGGAUAACGCUGAACUGGUUACUGCUCUGCUACAUGGUGGAGCAGACAUCCAGCAGGUGGGGUAUGGAGCCCUCACUGCCCUGCAUAUAGCUACAGUGGCUGGCCAUCUCGAGGCUGUUGAUAUUCUAUUGCAACACGGGGCCUAUGUCAACGUCCAAGAUGCAGUGUUCUUCACCCCUCUACAUAUUUCAGCAUACUUUGGCCAUGAGCAGGUGUGCAAGCUGCUGAUGAAGUUUGGGGCUGAUGUGAAUGUAAGUGGAGAGGUGGGAGACAGGCCACUACACCUGGCCGCAGCUAAAGGCUUUCUGGGCAUCGUCAAACAGCUGAUGGACGACGGAAGCAAAACUGAAGUCAAUGCUCAGGACAAUGAGGACCACGUUCCUCUUCAUUUCUGCGCUCGAUUUGGACACCAUGAGGUCGUCCGUUUUCUGCUGCAGGGCAGCUUUGAUUUACAACCGCACUCCGUCAACAUUUAUGGGGAUACACCUCUCCACCUAGCCUGCUACAAUGGAAAGUUUGAAGUGGUCAAAGAGAUCAUUCAGUUAUCUGGCACGGAGAGUCUGUCUAAGGAGAACAUCUUCAGUGAGACAGCUUUUCACAGUGCCUGCACCUAUGGCAAGAACCUGGAAAUGGUCAAGUAUCUGCUCAGUCAGAAUGCCUUAAGCAUUAACCAUCAGGGACGAGAUGGACACACAGGUCUACAUAGUGCAUGUUUCCAUGGACACAUCCGACUGGUCCAGUUCCUUUUGGACAACGGGGCAGAUAUGAACCUGGUAACUUGUGACCCAAGCCGUUCCAGUGGAGAAAAAGAGGAACAGACUUGCUUAAUGUGGGCCUAUGAGAAAGGCCACGAUGCCAUUGUUACUCUGCUAAAACACUACAAACGACCCCAGGAUGACUCACCCUGCAAUGAAUACUCUCAACCAGGAGGGGACGGGUCCUAUGUUUCCGUACCCUCUCCCCUAGGAAAGAUCAAAAGCAUGACUAAAGAGAAGGCAGAUGUGCUUCUGCUGCGAGCAAGUCUUCCAUCAAACUUCCACCUUCAACUCUCCGAGCUAGAGUUUAACGAGAUUAUUGGAUCAGGCUCCUUCGGAAAAGUCUACAGAGGAAGAUGCCGCAAUAAGAUAGUCGCAAUUAAACGGUACCGUGCAAACACUUACUGUUCAAAGUCAGACACUGAUAUGUUCUGUCGGGAGGUGUCCAUCCUGGGUCGUCUCAACCACCCCUGUGUGAUCCAGUUUGUGGGGGCAUGUCUGGAUGACCCCAGUCAGUUUGCCAUAGUAACCCAGUAUGUGUCCGGAGGAUCCCUGUUCUCACUGCUGCAUGAGCUGAAGAGGAUCAUUGAUCUGCAGUCCAAGCUCAUCAUUGCCAUUGAUGUGGCCAAAGGAAUGGAGUAUCUUCACAAUCUGACCCAACCAAUAAUUCACAGAGACCUCAACAGUCAUAAUAUUCUGCUCUAUGAGGAUGGGCACGCUGUGGUGGCUGAUUUUGGAGAGUCUCGCUUCCUAUUAUCAAUGGAUGAAGACAAUAUGACCAAACAACCUGGGAACCUGCGCUGGAUGGCCCCAGAGGUUUUUAUUCAGUGUACACGCUACACAGUGAAAGCAGACAUGUUCAGCUAUGCCCUCUGCCUGUGGGAGCUGCUCACGGGAGAGAUUCCAUUCGCCCAUCUCAAACCAGCUGCAGCCGCUGCAGAUAUGGCCUAUCAUCAUGUCCGUCCUCCAAUUGGAUACUCUAUCCCUAAACCCAUCUCAGCACUGCUGAUGAGGGGCUGGAAUGUCUGUCCUGAGGAAAGGCCUGAGUUUUCUGAGGUGGUAGCCAAACUGGAGGAAUGCCUGUGUAAUGUGGAGAUAAUGUCUCCAGCCUCCAGUAACAGCAGUGGCUCUCUAUCCCCAUCUUCCUCAACGGACUGCCUAGUGGCACGCGGCAGUCCCGGACGGAGUCACGUGGCUGCCCUCCGUUCACGUUUCGAGUUGGAAUACGCCCUCAAUGCUCGCGCCUAUGCAUUUUGGAGCCAAAACUCUGGUCGGCGAUCCUCGCAGGGUUUGUCCCUGGAUGAGAUGAGGAGGAACAUGCAGUUUCCACCCAUUGACAGAAAUGGAUAUGUGUCAGAUCCCAUGAGCACCAUGCGUUUCCAAUCAUGCAGCAGCAAUGGAAGCUUUGAGGACAGCAACUAAAAGCAGCAACUCUCCAAAGAACGUCACACACGAACACACACACACACACACACACACACACACACGCACUCACAUAUAUGACUGAUGAUGACUGAUCCAGAAAUACUGAUCCAGAGUGGGUGUUACAGUAUAAGAACACCCAUAAGGUAGAACACCCAACACUAAGUUCACAUAUAUAAUCAUGACUUUUUCAAGUUAUUUUGAUUUAUUUGUAUUAUUUUUAAUUUCUUUGUCAAGCAUUUUGUGUGAUUUUUUUUUUUUAUUUAUUUUUUUUAAUAAUCAUUCAGUGGACCCUUUUCACAGACUUUGGUUAAUCAUUUCCGCCUUGAUUUAACAGCCUAAAUAAACGAAACUUUUUUAUAUUUUACAUUUUUUAAUUAUUUAAUGUACAUGUAUAACCUCAUUCUUUGUGUUAUAUUACCUUAGCUUUAAUUUGAAAAUUAAUGCAAUGGGGUUUCAAAUAUAACCAUACAGGAAGUGACAGUAAAUUUGUCAUCUUUCUGUCUUCUGACUGCCAUCACUAAUCCAUCUCUCUCCAUGUACCUCAGUUGAAGUUUACCACACUAUAGUUUAUUUCCAUGCUCCAAACCCAGAAAUGUGAAAAGGGUCCAUAAUGAAAUUUAGUGUUCAGUAUAAAUAUUAUCAGUGUUGGGUGUAAUGCAUUACUAAGUAAUUAAUUACUGUAAUUAAAUUACUUUUUCAUUGAAAAAAGUAAAGAAUUACUCUUUAAUUUUUCAGUAAUUUAAUUACAGUUACUUUUGAUGUAAUUGUGUUAAAUACCGUACUGACUAGAGAACAAUUCUUUAUAAAAUAAUAGUGAAUUUAAAAUCGAAAUUUAACGUCUAAUGUUAAAAUGUAUGUUUUCUAAUUUAAUGCAGCCCCCUUAAAUUCUUUGGCCAGUUCAUGAAUAAUGUUUUUGAUUUUAUAUUAUUUAUUUGAAAGAAUUAAAAAGAACAAUUUCAUGUCUAUCCUUGUAUUUUUCAUCUGGUCGAGGUUGAUAAGGGUUUUAGAAAGUAAUUAGUAAUAAGUAAUGCAAUUACUUUUCAGACAGAGUAAUUGGUACAGUAAUCUAAUUACACUGUAGAAGAUGUAAUUAAUUACUUUUUUAGAGUAACUUACCAAACACU